GGUAGUAUUUAUAAAGAUCCCCCUUAAAACCUCAAAAAAUGUAUCACUUUCAUCGAGAUAAAGAAUAAAUUAAUAAUGACAAAAUGAAGGUUAUUCUUUAUCUCGAUGAUCACUUUAUUCUCAGUUGACAAGCUCAGUCGACAAACGUCCUAUCCAUUCAUUUAAUAUAUAGGUCGGUGUACGUUCGAUUAUCGAUUAUUUAUCAUAAUUAUCACGCGAGUUUUGCCGCCAAAACGACAAUGGUACCCGAUCCCGCCGCGUUAAUCUCAAUACGUCGGCCGGCAUCUCGGAAGUCCCGGAACGUUCGACCGGUCUGAGAACGAAUAAAGAUCUUGCUAGCAUCCGCCACAAUAACGGGUGUCCGUUCGUCCCGCAGAUCUGCGAAAUGCCCCGUGGAGAUUCGACGCAUCGCUCGUAACAGUUUGUAUCGCGUUGACGGAAAUAAAAUCACCUAAAUAAAUUCCGUACAACCGUAAAUAAGUUCGCCAAUAUGUUCCGUUCGAACCCGUUUUUUUUUUUAUAGUUAUGAAAUCGCCCUUGGUGCUGGAUGUCCGAAUGAUACACGCACUUUAUAUUGUCAGAUCGGUAGAUUUUUACUGUUCGCCGAAGAAUGUCUAUGGCUAAUUCCUAUAUUAUUGUUAUGUAGUCAACACUAUUCUACUACCUAGACUAAAAACCGGGUUCCUGUUACAUCCUAUAGGACCUAUUUUGAUUCCAAGUCACUACCAUUUCUCUCAUUAUCCUAAUAGCCAUUCAACCUUUGCUGUUCUUACUGUAAUUACCUUGUUAUCAACAUCACUUAAAAGUUUAUUUACAAAGUCUAUUGUUUCAUUAUAAUGAUUUAAAUCGAUCUAUAUUUAUAUAACUGCUGAAUUCAAAAUGAGUAUUUCUCAGUUAGAAAUAAGCACUCGUGCAGCUAAUGUGGCGAACGGUUUGCCGGAUCCAACCAAACCAUUUUCUUCAUUUAUGAAAUUUAAUAAAAAUGAUCUCAAUUUAACAAUGGAUUUUAUUAAAGCACCUGCUAUGACUUCUUUGCUCAAAAAGGAAAUUUUUUCUUUGAUUAAAGAAAACAUGAUGGAAAUAUAUAAGAAGUGUCCUUGGGGAUGGAAUGAAAAAAAUAAACGCUUGGAGUUAUUUCAUAGAAAAGCUAGGUACAUUGUAGUUCGUCACUCAAGUAAUAAAUCUCUCGCAGCUUUUGUGCAUUUUCGAUUCGACAUUGAAGAAUCUAUUGAAGUCUUGUAUCUUUAUGAAAUCCAACUUGAAAAAAGUGUGCGCAAAAAAGGUCUUGGACGAUAUCUCAUGAGUCUUAUGGAAACAAUAGCAUUUCACUAUAAUAUGAAGAGUAUAGUACUAACAGUGCUCAAAAGUCAAGAAAAUGUUAUGAAGUUUUAUUUUUCUCUACAUUAUGAAAUUCAAUCACAUUCACCAGAUGAUGAAUUUUAUUAUAUACUUGGUAAAAGUAAAAAAACUUUAGAACUUCAUAAUGAACAGUAAAAUUGAUUAAAAAAUGGCUCUUAAUUUAUAAUAAACAAUUUUAUUUCUU